AUGUUUAAUCCACAUGUCUUAGAUGUUCCAGCUGUGAUUUUUGACAAUGGUUCAGGGCUCUGUAAAGUAGGCUUUUCCAGAGAGACUGGACCUCGUCAUUUCAUCAACUCUGUCGUGGGGCAUCCUAAAGUUAAUACUCCAGCAGAAAAAGGCAAUAAGAAGAAGUACUUUGUGGGGGAAGAAGCUGAGUACAAGUAUGAGACAUUAUAUUUGCAUCGUCCCAUUGAACGUGGACUGGUAACAAGAUGGGAUGAUAUGGAGAAACUCUGGAAAUAUCUUUUUGAGUGUCGCCUGGGAGUAAAACCCUGUGACCAACCUGUACUCAUGACGGAGCCCUCCUUGAACCCAAGGGAGAAUCGAGAGAAGCUUGCUGAAAUGAUGUUUGAGAACUUUAAUGUGCCUGCUCUCUACCUGUCCAACCAUGCCGUGGUAGCUCUCUAUGCCUCUGCCUGCAUCACAGGCCUGGUGGUAGACAGUGGAUAUGGGGUCACCUGCACUGUCCCCAUCAUUGAGGGUUACGCCUUGCCUCAUGCAGUCACCAAGCUCUAUAUGGCAGGGAGGGACAUCACAGAGCACCUCUCCCGGAGCCUCUUUCCCAGAGGGUGUACUUAUUCUGGCAUUCUCAACAAGGCUGUGGUGAAUGACAUUAAAGAGAAGCUGUGCUACAUUGCCUUGGAGCCAGAUAAAGAGCUAUGCAAGAAGCCUAAGGAAGUCUUUCGAGAAUACAGACUUCCAGAUGGGAAUAUCAUGCACAUUGGGCACCAAUUACACCAGGUACCAGAGGUUCUCUUUGCACCUGAACAGCUAGGCAGCCACAGUCCAGGACUCUCAAAAAUGGUCUCCAGCAGCAUUAUGAAAUGUUCUGUUGACAUCCAGAAGAACCUUUUUGGACAUAUUGUACUGUGUGGGGGCACCACUCUCUUUCCUGGACUGGAGGAAAGGCUCAGAAAAGAACUAGAUCAACGUGCUUUCAAAGGGACCCCCAUCAAGAUUGUGGCUUCUCGUGAUAGAUGUUUCUCUGCAUGGAUUGGUGCAUCCAUCAUGACCUCUGUGAGUACUUUCAAGCAAAUGUGGGUCACUUCUGCAGAUUUCAAGGAGUUUGGGGCAUCUCUGGUUCACAGAAGAUGCUUUUAA